GAAAAAUAUUUAUUACUCGCUGAGAAGCCGAACAUGUACGACGCAAUUGUGAAUAGCUCGCCCGCGAGGAAAUAUCAUAUAAAAGUGCUCUAACAAAUGCUCGAUACGGAAAAUCAGAAAGCUUGAUAGUAUGCUUACGUUAAGACACUAAAUUAUUAUCAUCAGCUACCAGUGUUGUGGGGUGUUUGUUUAUAACUUGUGAUAAAACAAAUCAACAAGAUGAGCGGUCCCAUAAUCAUCACGGUGCCCAACAACUACCUGGCCAUGGAGGCGGUCGAGGAGUUGGAGUCGAAAGUGUUGGUGGAUUUACCCUCUCCGGCUCCCUCCAGGAAGCGUCGCCUGGACCACCUCACGUGGGAGGAGAAGAUGCAAAGAAAGAAGCUGAAGAACCGUGUAGCAGCACAAACUUCCCGCGACAGGAAGAAGGCGAAGAUGGAUGAGAUGGAGAGUCGGAUAAAGUACUUCAUGGACAUGAAUGAGCGGUUGACCAGUGAGGUGGAGAGCUUGAAGGCGCUGAACGAGCGUCUGUUGAGCGAGAACGCAACGCUACGCAGCGAAGCGGCGGCGGCGCGGAGCGUCGCGGGUGCCCCCAGACCAGCAGAGUCUAUUCCUCAGCAGAAGGAAGGGCACCCGACGGCACUCCGGGCGGCGCGCCUGCUGCUGGUGAUGUGUCUCCUCUCGCAGACCUCCUCGCACACUUCGAUUCAGACGAAUACCUCGAUACCCUCACUCAACUUGCAGACUCCCUCUUCAAAGAAAUUGAUGCAAAUGCUGCAGGAACGCCUCAAAAUGUCAGUAGACACAGUCAGGAAAGCUGGAGAGUGCAUUGAAGGACCUAAAGUGGUGGGGACCGCAGCAGAGCACCUGGAAUCCAGUGAAGGUGCAGUCGUAGACAUCAAGCACGACGUCGACAGGAUACUGUCCCAGCAUUCGUAUGCGCAUCCUUACAAACCAGAAGUGGUCACAGACACACAAGUACAAAUUAAGGAGGAGAACAAUGACAAAGGGGACAUGUUCUACGCCAGCUGUGAUGAGGCCAACGACUGCAUCACCAUUGAAGUGCCAUGUGAAGAACAAGUUGAAGAAACUCCUUUACAGAUUAAGACUGAUUUCCCUCCUUUGACGGACUGCUCGGGAAUGAAAUUAGAGUGUGACAUGAAAAUGCUCUCUCCAAUGACAAUGUCGCCUAAAUCUGUAGAGGAGAACCUCGGCCUGUGGCCUUCACACACAAUCUUGAGCUCUGACCUGGGAUACGAGUCAUUAGCUUCACCGCUCAGUGAACCAGAAUCUAUGGACUUGUCAGACUUUUGGUGUGAAUCAUUUUCAGAAUUAUUCCCCGGUCUAGCAUAGAAUGUUUCUGCAUUUUGACUCCCACCAAAGACUGACUAGUUUUUAAGUUCUAAGUUAAUGUGUACCUUUGUUAAGUUUAUAAAAUGACAACUUUAAUUAGUGUUUGUGUACCU